UGGGCGCGCGCGGCUCAAACACUCGACACACACCGCAACAUGUACGCGUAUCUCGCGCUCGCUAUUGUGCUAGCAGCGUCCACGUUCGCUGUUCCUACACCGUUUCCACGCGAUCGUUUGGGCUACGAAAGGGAAAUAGACACCAGAUAUAACCAAGUUCCAAAGCUCCUAGACUAUGUACUCAAUGAGGAAUAUUUAAAUGCGCAGAAGAACAAAGCUAAACUCGUAACUAAACUAAGACCGGAGGAAGCCAUCGUAGCCGACAAUGUAAUUUUGGAAUCGAACGUAGUAAAGAUCAUAAAGCCUGUCAGGAAAUUAGAAAGCGGUGAGCUCGUGAGACAGAGACGAGGAUAUAAUCUCGAAAAUGUGAUAGUUCCCGCUAGAUACCCUUAUCUUCCUGUGGUGCGUUAUAACCGUUUCCGCCGCUGGGGCUAGUGGCCGCGAGCCGCCGCCGGGCCACUAAAUGUCAAGGCUGCGUGAAGCUAAUCAACAGUGGAACGGGUCGUACCUCGAGCGCAUCUCUAGCGCAUAAGCAUGGCUAGGCGCUUGGACUUUAUGGAUAAUUGUAUGAAGUGGCUGUGAUCGAAUGCUCAAGUUUACCGUUAGUGUGACGGCAUGUUACAGGCUACGAUUGAUAAACAAGACUAUUGUUCGAAUAAUGUAGUUAAAUUUUAGAUUACUUUAAGAUGUGGAUUAUAGAAAUAUACUUUAUUUUUAAACAAAUUUUGUUAUUUAUUAAACUUAUUCUAAAGGACAUCAUAGUAAUGAAAUGCUACAAAUAAUAUGUCAGGCAUGAGUGAAUUAUGUAAUAUUGAUUCAAUAGAGCACUUUAUAGUGUGAUUUUGCAAAAUACUUUCAUUAAUCUUUUAAUGUUGUUGGUAUGGCCAUGUACUUAUUACUCUAAUUCGUUCGUAAAAGAGGCAAUUUUAGGAUUAUGUGCGCCGAUCUCGUACCCUCUUGUGAACUAUUCUAACGUAUAAUCACUCGUUUCUCGAGCCUCAUUCUCUCUCGAGGGUUCUUAAAUUACAAACGUCGAAAACGAAUUCUUUUCAGGAUUAAAUUUUUCCUGGCGAUAUAUAUUUUUUUUGUAACCGCAUAUUUAUGAUUAAUAG